UUUGGGAAUUUUCAACUCCAGCCGGCUGAUCACCGGAAAUCCACGCCAACAUCAGUCAGACCAACUCGGUGAUUUCUGUGGUUGCAUCGACUCGCGCUCCCAACGUCAAGAGGAGGUGCUUGAUCGAUUCUGCAAUUACCCCCUGCGCUAACAAAAUUCCAAUUCUACGCUGAUUCCGCCGCCAUGGCUCUCGUCCUCGUCCUACUACUCUUCGUGCUCGUCUCCUCCCCGCCACGCGCUGCUUCUGCAAGGGAUACCAUCUCCCCAGGCGAGACGCUCGGUGGCAGCGACGAGCUCGUCUCCAGCAACGGCAAGUACAAGCUCGGCUUCUUCCAAACCGGCAGUGAGUCUCCUGGCAACGCCUCCAGCUACUGGUAUUUGGGCAUAUGGAUCAACAGGGUCCCCACCAUGACCCCGGUGUGGGUCGCAAACGGGGACGAUCCGAUUGCUGAUCUGACUGCGGCAGUGCUCACGAUCUCUCCGGACGGCAACCUUGUCGUCCUAAACCCGGUCGCCGGAUCCAUCAUCUGGUCCACCCAGGCCAACAUCACAACGAACAACACCAUGGCUACGCUGUCAGACGGAGGGAACCUCAUGCUACAGAAAUCGUUGGAUCCCUCUGAUGUUCUAUGGCAAAGCUUCAACCACCCAACGAGUAGUCUUCUCCCCGGCGCAAAGCUAGGUCGGGACAAGGUCACCGGUCUGAACCGCCGUCUUGUUUCAAGGAAGAACUCAGUCGACCAGGCUCCCGGAGCGUACUCGUUGGAGCUCGACCCCUCAGGUGCUGCUCAGUUCAUCCUUGUAGAGCUAAACUCUGGCGUAACAUAUUGGUCCAGUGGAGUCUGGAACGGCCGGUUCUUCAACUCGAUACCGGACAUGGGUGCUUAUUCUGAAUUUGUCAACAGCAGCAGAGAGGUGUGCCUCAUAACUCCCAUGGACGAUGCAAACGUCGUUACCCGUCUUUCGUUGGAGGUUUCUGGUCAAAUUAAGUCGUUCAUCUGGUACGAGCAGUUACAAGAUUGGGUAACUUCUGCUGUCCAACCAAAAUCUCUAUGCGAUGUCUAUGCACUCUGUGGGCCUCACACAGUCUGCAACGAUAAUGUGAUCCCCUCUUGCAACUGUAUGAAGGGCUUCUCCAUCAAGUCACUCAAGGAUUGGGAGCUAGAAGAUCGAACAGGGGGGUGUGUAAGAAAUAAUCCAUUAGAUUGCAGUUGUAACAAGACCACGGGCUCAACAGAUGGAUUCUACUCCAUACCAUGCUUCAGACUGCCCCAAAAUGCUCAGAACACAACAGGUGUUCUGAGUGAAGGUGAGUGUGCGCAGGUUUGCUUAAGUGAUUGCUCCUGCACUGCGUACUCUUUCGGCGACUAUGGCUGCUACGUCUGGCAUGAUGAACUGCUUAAUGUCAAAGACCAGCAGUAUAGUGACCUUACUAGUAAUAAGGUGGAAAUUCUAAAGGUUCGCCUUGCUGCAAAAGAAUUGAUAAGGUGGGAAAACCAUAGAAGGGAAAUGCUAGUUUGGGUUGUUACCAGUGCAACUGUGGCUUUGUUUGGACUUGUCCUGCUACUGAUGAUUUGGAGGAACCAAAAAAAGCAGUAUUUUUGCACAUUUAACAAUGUUCAGGGUGGCAACGGAAUUGUUGCAUUUAGAUACACAGACUUGAAGCAUGCAACUAAAUGUUUCUCGAUCAAACUAGGGAGCGGUGGUUUCGGCUCUGUUUACAAGGGGAUUCUGGCUGACUCAACUGCCAUAGCAGUGAAGAUGCUUGACGGUUUUCGUCAAGGAGAGAAGCAAUUCAGGGCGGAAGUGAGCUCAAUCGGAAUCAUCCAACAUGUUAAUUUAGUGAAACUGAUUGGUUUCUGUUGUGAGGGAGAUAAGAGAUUGCUAGUUUACGAGUACUUGCCAUAUCAUUCUCUUGAUGUUCAUCUAUUUCAGAGAAGUGUCACAUUUCUGAAUUGGAAAACGAGGUAUCAAGUGGCCCUAGGAGUUGCUAGAGGACUGGCAUACUUGCACGAGAGUUGUCGGGAAUAUAUCAUACACUGUGAUAUUAAACCACAAAACAUACUUCUUGAUGCAUCAUUCACUCCAAAAAUUGCAGACUUCGGAAUGGCAAAGUUCAUGCAAAGGGACUUCAGCCGAGCCUUGACCACAAUGAGAGGUACUAUAGGUUAUCUUGCACCUGAAUGGCUUAGUGGAGUGGCUAUUACAACAAAAAUUGAUGUUUAUAGCUAUGGGAUGGUGUUAUUAGAAAUUAUAUCAGGAAGGAGAAACACAUCUGAACUAUGCAGUAGUUGUGCUGAUGAUAAUGAUGUUUAUUUUCCUCUGCAAGUCGCAAAUGGUAUUCUCAAGGGCGAUGUGCAGGGUUUGGUAGAUCCUAAGUUGCGGGGAGAUGUCAAUUUGGAAGAGGUAGAACGAGUUUGCAAAAUUGCUUGUUGGUGCAUCCAAGAUAAGGACUCCGAUCGACCGGCAAUGGGUGAGGUUGUUCAGAUUUUAGAGGGUCUACGUGAGGUCGAUGUGCCUCCAAUUCCAAAAAUACUCCAAGCUGUUGCAGAAAGCCCACAUUAAUAUAAUUCUUUCUGCAGAAAUAAGUAUUUUUUUCUGAGGAAAGUAAAUUUGA